CACACACACACACGACUAAUCCUAUUUUGUGAAGAACAAUAAUAUUUUUUCUUUAUGCAUUUACAGUAGGGAAUAUAGUAACGAAUUUUUCUGUCUUCCUUCAAUUGUAAUAGAAUCGAUUAUACCUAUAACUGUAUUAUAUAGUCGCGGUAAAUGAAUUUCGUAUCAAUAAGAAGGUUUUCUUUUCAUCUACUUUAUAUUAAUCCUGCCUUAAAUCUAUUGUACAAAGAAAAGUAUUAUUGUAUGAGAAUUUUGUUAUGUCGAAGGUGCACAUGUUUUCACAGGCAUAUGUACAAGCAGCAAAAUAUAUAUUUUAACAAUAUGGCAACGUUAAAUGUAAAAAACUUAAAAAUUACAAAGAGACCAUUAUAUGUACCAAGUCUUCAUAAAAUAAAAAAUGUUUUAGAAGAAGGAUUAUCUACAAAUUUUGCAGAAGUCAAAGUAGAAGUUGUAGAUUGUCCAGAUUUAACGCAGAAACCAUUUUUACUUUCUGCUUCAGGAUUAAGUGGCAACCCUACUAUUCUUGAAUUUGGAGGUCCAUCUUAUCUAUUGCCUCUUGUUCAAAGGGAUAAGAUAUAUGAUAUUCAUCAGUUUUUAGAACACUUAAACUACUCUGAUAAUGCUUUCGUUAUUGGUGCAGGUGCUGGGCCAUGGCCAUAUUUAAAUUGCAAUUGUGAAUUAAUGAUGAAUUUAGUUGUUUCAUCAUCUGAAAUAAAGAAUGAAACACGUAUUGCUUCAGUUGAUAAGUCAAGUGAAAAAUGUACACUUGAAACAUUAAAUGGAAAUGAAACUAGACUUGCACUAUUAGCAAAUCUUUUUUUAAGUGAAGGAAAAACAGGAUCCGUCUUAAAAGUGCAUGUUAAAAAGCGCAUUGGAGAGGAUGAUUUUAUAGCCUGUAUGCAAAAAGCACUUGCACACCAUUAUGAAAAUAAACUUGUUGGUAUUGGUGGAACAUUUUUAAUAAAUGAAGGAAAAGUAAAACAGCAUGUUAUGCAAGAUUUUUCUACUACACCAUUAAAUAAUGUACAGCAACUAAAUGAUUGGUUACGUUUUUAUAAUAUGUCAACUCCUCUUAUAGCUGUUGGAACAUUUGUGAGUUCAGAAACAGAUUUAGAUCUGAGAGUACAACAUUUUCACAGUUUCUCACAUCAUGGUGAAGGAGGACAUUAUCAUAUUGAUACUACACCUGAGACUAUAGAAUAUUUGGGAUAUUUUAACCUAGGAAAUAAUUUAUACCGUAUUGAUCAACCAGAGAAGAGUUUAAAAUUUGGAAAGGACUAACUUAUUAUAUCCAUAUAAACUAUUGGUUUGCCCAGUAAGAGUAAUAUCUGAAUAUUUAAUAAAAAAUAUUACUGCUUUUUAUUUAGUUAUAAAAACGGAAAAUUUUAAUAUUAAUUAUUAAUCAAUCCAACAUUUACAUAGUUUUAUUGUGUGUGUGUGUGUGCGCGCGCGCGCGCGUGUGUGCAUGUGUGUGAGCAUAUGCAUAGGUGAUAUAACUAUACUUAUUGACAAUAAUAUAUUUGAAAAAAGUACGUUUAAAAGAAUAGUCUAGAUACAUAUUAAAAAAUAGAUAUGUAUAAUAGCACAGAAAAUUAAUAAAAAUAUGUUCUAUUUA